CGGAGGAGUGGAGCGCAAAGGAAGGGCGGAAGUAGUCUAUGCCAGUAAGGGCAAGAACAGAAGUCAGAAGAAGCCGUGCUGGGAAGAUGGCGUCGCCGCGCCAGGUCUUAGGUUUCCAGGGCCCUUUGCUGCUCUUCGCGGUGGUGCUGCUGGGGCGUGGUGAGGCUGUGGGCACCCUGAACCUGCACGAGCUCAGCGAGCUGAAAUACGGGAUCGAGAUCGGUGCGGAGCCCGUGAUGGCCGGGCAGAGCAAGGCAGCUGAUGUGGUGACUGUGUCUUCCAAAUACAAGCAGAAGUAUGAGUGCCGGCUACCAGCUGCUGCAGUGAAGAUCCACCAAGACAAAGAAGAGGAUCGGCAGAGCUACACUGGGCUGGGGAUCUCGGAGCUGUUGAAGCCUAUGGAAGCAGCUCCUUGCCUCAUCAAGACGAAAGACUGGUGGACCUAUGAGUUCUGCUAUGGGAAGCACAUCCAGCAAUACCACAUAGAAGAGUCUGAAAUUAAAGGCAGCAUCCUGUACCUUGGCUAUUACCAGUCUGCAUUCGAUUGGGACAAUGAAACAGCAAAGGCUUCAAAGCAGCACAAGCUGAAGCGUUACCACAGCCAGACCUAUGUCAACGGAACCAAGUGUAAUCUGAAUGGGAAGCCCAGGGAGGCUGAAGUCAGGUUCCUGUGUGAGGAAGGCUCGGGUGACUACAUCGCCCGUGUGGAUGAGCCCCAGUCCUGUUCCUACGUGCUCACCGUCCAUACCACCCGAAUCUGCCACCACCCAUUUCUGCGGCCGCCAUCCACCGCCACCCCCCAGACCAUCCGCUGCCACCCUGCCCUGAGCCCUGCUGAGUACGUGGAGUAUGUCAAGGCCCAAGUGUCUGACACCAAGCGCAAAGUGGAGGAGAUCUCUGAAGAACUGAAAACUCUAGACACAGGCCUGUGGCAUGAGCGCGACUCCAACUCUGCUCUUCAAGAUCCAGAUGGAAAAGUGGCUCCUCCUCCUGAGACUGACCCUGAUGACGACUCUGAUUUCUGGGAGAGAGUGCUGCGUGGAGAUGGGAAGGCAGCCCAGAUGCCAGACCAAACGAAGGAGGAAGAGCCAAUCAUGAAGACAGCAGACAAUCACCUUGCAGAUUUCAAGAAAAAAAUCCACUUCAAAGUUAUCCGGAACCCUGGGGACCUGGUUCAAUUCAUCCACGAGUUGAAAGAGAAUGCUAGGAAGGGCAAAGAGAAGGCCCAUGAAUCAGAGGAGGCAUCUCAAGAAACCCCACCGAAAAGUGAGCCAGCAGCAGCAGUGACUGAGCACCCUGAGGAAAGGGGCCACGAAGAAGAGGAAGAGGAGGAAGAUCUGCUGGGCAAGUUUGAGAAGGAGCUAGAGGACAUCCUGCUACCCAAGUCUGAAAUGGCCAAGCUGAAGGAGGAGGUGGAGUUGGAAAUGGAGAAGGAGUUUGACCACAUCAUUGAUGAAGUGGAACAUGAGCUGGAAACAGAAGGCCUAAAAGGAGAAUUUGAUCGGAAGCAAGCCUCCAAGUCUUUGGCUUCAACCCUCAACAAGCUUAUUGACAAGCUGGAUCCUGGCAAUGUCCCUAAUAAAGGUGAUAAGGAGCAGGAGCAACGGCCAGAGGAGGAGGAAGAGGUCUCAGUGGAUGAAGGAGACACUGCUAAAGAAAGUACAGCAAGGCCAGCCGCCGAUGGUGACACAGAUGGGCACGUGAAAGUCAGGGUCACUAAGGUAAAGCCAGGUAGCGCUCAGCAGAAGGAGCUGCGAGUCCGAGAGAUGAGCAGGGACAACCCGCAGCUGCGCCACGUAGAGAGUGUGGUUAAGGACCUGUUGGAGAAGGAAGGCCUGAAGGCAGAAGGUAAAAUUGAAAUCAAGAUUGUGACGACGGGUGGCCUCGGGGAGGAGGAGGAUGACGCCCACUGGCUGUCAGAAGAGGACACCAAGAACCUCAAGGACAUUUUUUUCAAUAUUUUGAUCCAGGGCACAGAGGAAGCCCAUAAGGAACAGCGGCGGCAGCGGCAGCUAGAAGACAACUACCGUUUUGUGUGGGGACCCAGUCAGGAAGAGUUGCCAGCUGCUGGAGGCACCGAUUUGGAUGAGUUGGACUUCUGAACCUGGCCACAAUCCAGAACUAUGGCAAUCAUGGCUGUUUCCCUGCAGGGUUUGGCUGGCACCUUUCACUCAAUCUCCAGGAGGACGGGUGUGUAUCCAUACUCGACAGAAUCCCAUUUGAAUUUGUACCAAGUUGGCAAGUGUGAGGGGCAUAUCUUGCUCAGAGUUGGAAAGUGUCUUCAUAGACCAGCUCCUGUCACCUGAGUUCCUUUGGCGCCCUUGGCUACUUUCGUCACCACAUCAUAAAAAGCUUCAUCCAGCUGCCUCGGGUGGCAAAGGCCGCAUCUCCUCGGGGCAGGGACUUCAGGGCCUAAUGGGUGGCUUCAGCCCCCUGGCUUCCUGCCAGCUGCACUCAGCACUAGGAACACAAAAAUCACACUGUCCACCUGAUGAUGAAGGUUUUGAGUGGUCUCUGAAACUCCUGACCUGAAAUUGUGUGUGCACGCAAAAGGACCCAUAGAGAAAUUUCCUUCAGUUAAACAUGAAGUCAGGAUGGAGAGCUGGAACUGGUGCCCAUCAUUUUGAUAAAGCCCUCGUGUGUUUGGAGGAAAUGUCUUUUCCCAAGGCUUGUGUAGAUUGUGGUGUCUCACCUGUGUGUGUCCUGAAAUAUCAAACUGGAGGUGGUGAGGGGGAGGGAGAGGACCCACACUCUUUCUCUAGGUCCUUUCCCCCAGCAACCACCUCUCUUUUUCUGUCUAUGUUCUAGUCUUAACUGAGAGCAAAUCUACUUCUUCAUAUAGUUUACUUCUCUACUGCCUUUGCUGUACAGCACCAAGUUGGUGUGCAGAGUUGUAGCCUUGGGCUAGCAAAACCAGUGAAGAGAGAACAUGGAUUUGAAGGAAUCACAUGAGGAAAGAGGAUGCCAUGGGCUGUUCUGAAACAAUGCAGCUAGAGAGCUGUUCUAGAGACUUAGACAUAGGAAUUUGCAGACUGCUUUCAAAUAUAGCUUUGCCUCUAGCCUCUGUGGCAGAGCCAUGUGUACAGGGCUAGCUGUUACUUCUGUGAAGUCUCCACCCACAAACUUGGCUGAGAUCCCUUGUAGCAGAUGACCUACUUCAACACUGCUCCAACAGGGCUACUUACUUCAUGGGUGACUGGAGGUGGGGAAUUCCUGCCCAAGAGAAGGGGUGAGGCUAGAAGGAUCCUGUUCUACUUUGGUACAUGCAGGACGAUUCACAAUCCAUCUUUUUCUAUCAAUAAAUCCAGAUCUAUCCA